ACAUGGCACGUGAUGCGAUUGAACAGAUUGAUUUGACGAUUCGAUUAGUACAGAGUUAUCCCGAGACGUUCACGUUAGUUUUUCGCUCCGAGGAUGUACGAAGCGAGUACGGCAAGGGGAAAAUUGCGUGUUCGAUGGGCGUGGAAGGGUUGCAUGUUGCAGGGAAUAGUAUUGGAAUGAUUCGAGCAUUUUAUCAAUUAGGGGUGCGAUACUGUACGUUGACGCAUGUGGGAAAUAAUGCGUUUGCGGAUUCUUCGACGGCGAAAAUGGGGGCGGUGCAUGGAGGGUUGUCGAAGUUGGGAAAGGCGGCGAUUCGGGAAAUGAAUCGGAUUGGAAUGAUUGUGGAUUGCUCACAUGUUUCGGAAGAUGCUGCGAGACAGGCGUUGGAGUGCACUAGAGCGCCCGUGAUGUUUUCCCACUCGAAUGCGAAGAGUGUGUUUGACUGCGCGAGGAAUGUGUCUGAUGCUGUGCUUGACUUGAUCCCUCGCAAUGGCGGAAUCAUCAUGGUGACUUUUGUUCCCGAGUUUGUUGCCACGAGAAGGCGGGAUGCUCGUCUGGAGGAUGUUGUCGAUCACUUGUUUUAUAUCGCGAACCGCAUUGGCUGGGAUCACGUGGGGCUGGGCUCGGAUUUUGAUGGCAUUGCCAGCGUCAUUCCGGGACUGGAGGACGUGAGAUGUUAUCCGGCACUGUUGAAGGUCAUCUUGGAUCGUGGCGCGACGGAAGAACAGCUGGCGAAGGUCGCCGGCGAGAACAUGCUUCGUGUGUGGCGAGGCGUGGAGGAGGUUCGAGAUCAAAUGCAGGCGGAAGGGGUUUUGCCAGUCGAGGACGUGUGGGAAGGCCGGAAAUGGUGGCGAUAUGAUGGGUAUUAUCAGAUGCCUGAUCCAGAUCCCGAGGACAAGCUCGGACUGGGCUUGUAUGGUAUCCCGCAGCCUGAGCAGGGCUUGUAUCACGAGAACUAAUGAAAGCAAAGCGGCUUGCCGAAGAAUCAAGAGGGGAUAUCCGAAGGGAAUCGAUACCUUCGGGAAGGGAUCAAUGGCCGGCGGUGCGGACGAGCUGAGAAAUCUCGCCUCAAUCAACUGCCUUGAAAAAAGGAGACCAUCGCAUAUACUUCGCUUGGAAUCGAUAAAUUGCAAAGGAUAGUAUCAUAAGGUACAUCCUACAAUGUCGCCUUGACCAUCUGCCCCGCGACCUCGCCACUACCAUACAACGGCAUUGUCCCCGGCGUCGUCGCCAAAGCCUCUUCCAUAAUGCCCAGUCCACGUUCCAGCUCCUCGUCCGUCGUAGUCAGCGGUGGCGCCAACCGAAAGAUGCCGCCAAAAGACGGGAUCGUGCACAAUUGCGCCCACAAGCCCAAUUCCAUCAUUUUGGUCGCCAGAGCGCUGCCCAGUGCCGGUGCAGCGACUUUCGUCUUCCGGUCGGCGACGAUCUCCACUCCCGCCAGCAGACCGCGACCGCGAACGUCCCCGAUGCAUCCGUAGCGGGAUUGAAGGAGGCGUAGGCGGGCCUGGAAUUUCGCGCCGAGCUCGCGGGACCGCUGGACGAGGUGGUCGCGGACGACAAUUUCGAGGACUUUGUCUCCGACACUUGCUGGGAGAGGGUCAUUGGCGUGCGUGGUGUAGAAGAGAAAAUUGUUCGCUUGGGCAUAUGCUGCGAUGGGAUUGCUGGUCACGACGGCGCUCAGGGGAAGUCCGUUGCCCAAACUCUUACUCAACGUCAAUAUGUCCGGAACAACACCCUCGUCUUCCUCCCAAUGCUGAAACGCAAACAUAUCUCCCGCCCUUCCAAUCGCCGUCUGCGCCUCAUCCACAAUCAGCAGCAUGCCCCUCUUCUCACAAUGCUUCUUCACCGCUCGCAAAUACCCUGGAGGCAGCACCAUCAUUCCGCCACUACUCAAAAUCGGCUCCAAAAUCACCGCCGCCAACGACCCACACGAUUGCUUAUCGAUCAAUUCCCACCCCACCUCCAACUCCAACUCCCAAUCAUGACUCC